AUGGACGAUCUUGACUUUCGAACUAUUGACGAUCCUGACUAUUAUCUUAUCGAUAAUCCUGACCUUCGUACUAGCAAUAACCCUGAUUUUCACAUUAUUGAUGACAUUGAAACUAUUUAUGAAGAAGAUCUGGAAUCCUUCGAAAAUACAAGUGUAUUGGUUUCUUCCGAUGAUGAACGUCAAGAUGAUGUUGCAAACGAUUUAAAUGAAGAUACAACCACAUAUUUUACUAAGGAAUUGGCAUCAAAAAUUGUUUAUCAUACUUUAACUCCUAUAGAAUAUCCCGAAACAAGUCUAGAAGGUGUUGCUUAUGUGUAUAAUGUUGAGGGUUGGGAUGAACCGUUAGCUGCAUUCAAAGAUGUUAGUAAAUUUUAG